AUGUACAACAGCAGCUCUAUUACUGAGUUCCUCCUCCUGGCAUUCGCAGACACACGGGAGCUGCAGCUCUUGCACUUCUGGCUCUUCCUGGGCAUCUACCUGGCUGCCCUCCUGGGCAAUGGACUCAUCAUCACCGCCAUAGCCUGGGACCACCGCCUCCACACCCCCAUGUACUUCUUCCUCCUCAACCUCUCCCUCUUUGAACUGGGCUCCAUCUCCACCACUGUCCCCAAAGCCAUGGCCAAUUCCCUCUGGGACACCAGUACCAUCUCCUAUGCAAGAUGUGCUGCCCAAGUCUUUUUCUUUCUCUUUUUGAUUGAAGGGGAAUAUUGUCUUCUCACAGUCAUGGCCUACGACCGCUACGUUGCCAUCUGCCAACCCCUGCACUACGGGACCCUCCUGGGCAGCAGAGCUUGUGCCCACAUGGCAGCAGCUGCCUGGGGCACUGGGUUUCUCACUGCUGUGCUGCACACGGCCAAUACAUUUUCACUGCCACUCUGCCAGGGCAAUGUCAUGGACCAGUUCUUCUGUGAAAUCCCUCAGAUCCUAAAACUCUCCUGUGCAGCUACCUACCUCAGGGAGGUUGGGCUUAUUGUGGUUACUGCCUCUUCAGCAUUAGUGUGUUUUGUUUUCAUUGUUGUGUCCUAUGUGCAGAUCUUCAGGGCUGUGCUGAGGAUCCCCUCUGAGCAGGGACGGUACAAAGCCUUUUCCACAUGCAUUCCUCACCUGUCUGUGGUCUUCCUCUUUCUCAGUACUUGCAUGUUUGCCUACCUGAAACCUCCCUCCAGCUCCUCCCCAUCUUUGGACCUGGUAAUGGCAGUUCUGUACUCGGUGGUGCCUCCAGCAGUGAACCCCCUCAUCUACAGCAUGAGGAACCAGGAGCUCAAGGAUUCUCUCUUGAAAGUCUUAACUCGAUGUUUUUAA